AAGCGGGUUGGCGGUUCGGUCCGGACUCCGUCGAGAUCCUCGCGAAGCGACGCUGGCUCGCAACCGCGGGGGAGAUGCACUGAAAGGCAGCAUCAUUGUUUGUGAUGCACGGGCCGUAAUGCGGCUUUUCACUCGGAGCUAACUGCUAGCGCGUUAGCAGCCGGCUAACUAGCUCGUGGCUAGUUUGAUUGUUAUGAACACAACUGGGUGCUAAAGCUCGAAUCUGGCUUUAUUUUAGCCGCGAUCGCCUGUGUUUGCUCAUUGGAUCUGGAGUCGACGUGGAACAGAAAUAGCCUCGGGUGUUCUCCUGCCUUCCUCGUUAGAUACUGACCCGCGCCCGCACACAGCAAAGCUACCACCAUGAGUAUUAUCCAAGACAAAAUCAGCAAUGAGUUUUUGCGCAACGGUGGCAUGGAUCCCAAUUUUGCGCCCGGCAUGCUCAUGUUCAGCCACCUGCCGCCCGUCACCAGCUUCACGCGGCUCACGCCGCAGCCGGUCAUGGGCGACCUCCCGCAGGAGAUGGUCCUCAAGAAGGAGCGCGACUCGCCCCCGGACCACCAGAGCGCCGGCGUGGCCAACGCGGGCGGCUUCCUCCACAGCAUGGGAAUCAAGCAGGAGCGGCUAAGCGAGCUGGAUUAUCGCAUGCCUCUCUACGGCGGCGGGGGCGUGUCGAUGAAUUGCGCCGGCGCGGGGAAGAGCGCCGCCGACAUGCCGGACAUGUCGUACGGCAACCACCACCAGAAUCACCAUAACAUGCUCCUGCACGACCUCAGCCACAGCAACGUGCGCUCCCUCGGGGACCCGAUGUCAGGACGAGCGGGUAAAGAGCCAAAAGAUUCGUCGGGAAAAAGAGGGAGGCGGACCAACGGGGACGGACAGGGAGGCAAAGCCCGGCGGAAACGCAACGAUGCCGCAAAGGCCAUGAUGCUGGACGCGGACGGAGCCUGCCUGUCCCCAAACUCCAAACCGCAUAUCUGCGAGCACUGCAACGCCGCCUUUCGCAGCUCCUAUCACUUGCGCAGACACGUUCUCAUACACACAGAUCGCACAGGUGAGAGGCCUUUCCGGUGCAGUCAGUGUAACAUGAGCUUCAUUCAGAAGUACCUGCUCCAGCGGCAUGAGAAGAUCCACAGCGGGGAGAAGCCGUUCAGCUGCGACCAGUGCAACAUGCGUUUCAUCCAGAAGUACCACAUGGAGCGACACAAACGCACGCACAGCGGCGAGAAGCCGUAUCGAUGCGAUACGUGCCAACAAUUUUUCUCAAGAACCGACCGGUUACUGAAGCACAAGCGGACUUGCGGAGAAGCCAUAAAGAAGGGCCUGGACCCCAACAUGCUGGAGCUCAGCGAGGCCGAGCUGGGCCAGGGCAGCUAUUCACUCACUCAGGGAAACGCGAGCACCUCCGGGCGCAAGCGGGCCAAGUCCAAAAACGGGGAGGGCGGCGAGCGCAAGAGGAAGAAGAGCGCGGCCGCAUCGGCGGCCUCGUCCUCCUCCGCCGCCAUGGGCCUGCAGGACUAUAGCAUGGAGCAACCUUCGGGCUCGGCCAUGCAGGGCCGCUCUCCCAAAUUGGUGUUUAAAAAAGCGGGCCGCAAGGGUUUGGAUAAGGCUCUCCUUUCUCUGGAAGACAGCGGCGACGGACACAAACUGUUAGGCCAAAAAGCCGGCUCCUUGGAUCACAUGGACGCUUCCGGGCUGGACAACAUGGGUCUGCUCCAAGGAGGCGGGGGCAGCAAGCAGGGUCCCACCACCAGCACCAACUACGACGACGCCAUGCAGUUUGUGAAAAAGCGGCGAUACCUCCAGGCUGUCAAUAGCGACUACGGAGCGGGCGCUCUCCACAUGGCGUCGCAGGGCGGCGGCGUCAUUCAGGUUUCCCUGGGGCCCGAACCCACGCUGGCCAUGCUGGACACGUCCCCCUUGGAGCUCAAGCACGACAAGUCGGGCAUCCCGGACGAGGUUCUGCAAAGCCUGCUGGAUCACUACAGCCAUAAGCCGGACGGGGGGCACCACCACGACGUGGCUUUCGACCUGUCCGACCACCCGCACCACGUGGACCUCCAGCCGGCGGCGCCCGUCACCCCCGAGCUGGAGGACGACGCGGCCAACGGGGGCGAUAAAACGGCGGUGAUGAGCGAGUACUCCAAGUUCCUCCUGCAGGCCCUGGAGCGCACCAGCCAUAGCGGGCCCUUCCCCAGCCUGGGCGCCACGGGGCCCUUCACUCUCCUGUCCAGCAGCUCCAGUCCCACGGGGCCCCUGUUCGCCGACAAGCACGUCUACGAUUGCGGCUACCCUCCCGCCGUUUCCUCGCCGCUGCCCAUCGCCGCCCCCUCGUCCGCUUCUUCCUCCACCUCGUCCAAGUCCCACUACGGCAUGCUGGUGGGCUCCCCCUCCCAGGCGGCUUUCCACCUGACUCUGGAGCCGGCCAGCCACCAGCAGCUAACGCCUUCUCAGGAGCUGACGGAGCAGCUGGAGAAGCAGCACUCGCCCGGAGCCUUCAACCUACCUCCCCAGGAUCUGACCGCCCAGACGGAAAGCUCCAAGGGGCAACAAGCCAAGGGCGGGGCCGGCGCCGCCAACGGUUCCGGCUACUCGGACCUGUCUCCUUUGAACCCCCCGAAAGAAUCCACCACGUACCAGAUUGAGAAUUUCGCCCAGGCCUUCGGCUCCCAGUUCAAGUCGGGACGCCGCACCCCUCUGAGCUACGGCAGCGACCCCGGGGCGGAGGUGGACCACAGAAUACGGACUCCGGUCUCAGAGUUCUCAGGGUAUAGCAGCUUGUUAGCUGACGUCAGUGAGCCAGUCAGUACAGGAUCAAAAACCCCAACAAGCCAAAGUUUCAGAUAAGGCUCAGACGAGGUGAAACCAGUUGGGGAUGGAGGGGGGGGGGGGGUGUUUUUGUCCACCCUGCCCCGCCUCCUACUCAUCAAAAUUUUGUUUUUCGUAGCAAUUUUAUUUUAAACACUGCCAUCAAAUGUUGAUGCAAACAUGACCAGGGAGGGUCUUCCAUGGCCUCAAAUGCAAUUUUUUAUUUUUUUUAAUCACGUAUUUUAGUCUCUUACAUUUUGUUGGGAAAAUGUAGUUGUUGUUUUUUUUUUGUUUUUUUUUAAUGAUCGUAAACCGUAGAUAUUAAAUGUAAUUUAAAACAUUUUGAGGGUAGAGAUGAACUUGCAUUUCGUAUGACUUUCCAAACCCUUGUGUUUUACCAAUUGUCAUCCCAUUGUAAAAUAAUAAUGUUGAUAAUUACACACACACACAAAAAACAACACUUGUGGCAGGGAAAGCCCAGAACUCAAAUGGCAAAAAAAAAAAAAGUAUAUAUUGUCUGUUACAAGAAACGUAUUAACUCAGGAAAUAGGCAAAAUUGUGUAAUAAGACUUUGUAUUUUGAGAUGCAAUUAGCACAGUUUUUACAGGUGUACUUUGAAACGACAAAGCUUUGAAUUUUUUUUUUAUUUUUUGUGUGUUUUCAACUUUACUCCACACGAUCACCAUGUUUUAGUCCAAAUGACGGUACUGUUGCGUAUCAAUGUGAAACCAGCUUGGAGAAAAGAACUCCAUUGAAACGCGUUUGACUGAAAACACGACGGACGGCCAGCAAGCAAACGGAAACGCUCACCUCACUUUUUUGGUGUGCGUGUCAAUGGAAUCAAGCAAGCACUUUUUUUUUUUUUUCUUUUCCCCAAAAAGAAACAUAUCAUCAGCAGAAACAGCAACCCAUUCAGUUUGUGAUUCUUAAUGUUUAUUUUAAAAGGAGAAAACUGUGAACAAGGGUUUUGGGAGGGUGGGAUGAUGCUUUUAAUGGGCAUUUUUAUUUUUGAAUUUCUUGGAAGGGGGGGCGGGGCUUAAUUUGUCUCUUGCGGUUUGUCGGGUGAUGUAAAAAGUGGAUUUGCCAUAAUUUUGUGCGACAAUAUUUUGAGAGUAGCUCUUUGUAUUUAAGUGUUUCUCCAGAGCUCGACUGACAUGCUGGAACUUUUCUCUGUCUUUUUUUUUUCUUUUUUUUUUUUACAUUGUAUUUAUUCUCCAUUAUCCGCCACACACCUUUGUAGCACCAAUGCAGCAGAAGAGUUAAUUUAUACAACACGCCUCCUGAAUAUGCAUCAGUCCUGCACUCACAAUGGCCUUCUUUGUCUUCCGCGGUUAAAGCCAUUCUCUCUAUCCCGGCACCCAGGGUUGAUUUUUUUCAGUUAGUCAAUUCCCUGCGAGCCCCCCCAACUGUCCCUCCCCGCUGGUUUUCUGGGACUCUGAAGCUGCAAAGGGGGAAGAACAAAAAAAAAAAAAACUUGACAGACCAGCAACAUCCCUCCAAACACUAUGCUUUGAACGGAAAUGGAGAGAAAAAGACGAUAAGAUUGACUAAA